AUGUACAAAGCAGCCUGCACCGCCCACUGCUACGGACGGUCUGAUCGCGAGCAAAUCAUCCCGAAAGACUCUACCUCUGCCGCUGCCGCCGCCAACAACCUACAGUUCACUCCCCACAUCGGCUUCCUGCCGUUCCUCUUUCCUCAGCAGUCCAUAUACCACGCCCAGCUUCUUCACUACAACAAGCUCAUCUCGCCGGCACGGGGAGGUGGCCUACAGUCCGCGCCACUUCCUCCCAUCGUGUCCGUCCCUCACGUCCAGGCCACGUCAAGGUCGCGAUCUUCUAGCAAGGCAUCGCUCAGGGAUAGUGCCACCGCCACCACUGCCAAGGGGACUGCGAACGGAGGCCAUGGGAGCCGCGCACAUCAGGGCUCAGACAAAAGCCGCACCGUUAUAACGCCCAAGGACGUCCCGCCCAAGAUGCCUGCAAAGCUGGCUGCCGACGUGCCCAAGAACUUUCCCCAUCGAGCGAUAGCUAGGUCCUCUUCGCCCCAUGGGCUCUCCCACUCCAGCUCCGUGCCGUCCACCCCUCAUCAGCAUGCCCGCCAGUUCUCCUUCGAGUCCCGGGAGCCUUCCCCCAACAACGUCAACAACCACUCGCCGCGGUCGGCCUACUCCGAGACCAACAGCGCGUUGCCCUCGCUACGCCCGCUGCCCCCGCGACUAGGCGGCUGCAAGUACGAGACGGCGCAGGCGAAUUCGAGGAGGAGGAUACCUUACUCGGUCGGAAGCGAACGGCUGGAAAAGGUGGAUCUGCGAACCAUCAAAAGCAAGCUGUCGGAGAGCGAGGAGAAGCAGCUGGCUGCCGAUAUGAAUGAGAUUUAUCAGAAGCUGCUGCCCACGGAAAAGGUCGAGGAGAACAGGAAAAAGCUCGUCAACAAAUUGGAGACGAUAUUCAAUACCGAGUGGCCAGGGCAUGAUAUCAAGGUGCACUUGUUUGGCUCGUCUGGCAAUCUGUUAUGUUCGGACGACUCUGACGUUGACAUCUGCAUCACGACACCAUGGCACGAGAUGGAGGAUGUCUGCAUGAUAGCCGACCUUCUUGCUCGACGGGGCAUGGAGAAAGUCGUUUGUAUCUCUGCGGCCAAGGUUCCCAUUGUAAAAAUCUGGGACCCCGAGCUGGGCCUUGCUUGUGACAUGAACGUGAACAAUACCCUAGCGCUAGAGAACACCCGAAUGGUGCGCACAUAUGUCGAGGCCGAUCCGCGCGUACGACAGUUGGCGAUGAUUUUGAAGCACUGGACGCGGAGGAGGAUUGUCAACGACGCUGCUUUCGGAGGUACGCUCAGCUCCUACACUUGGAUAUGUCUCAUCAUUGCAUUCCUGCAGCUGCGGAACCCAGCUGUAUUACCAGCACUGCAUCAACUGCCAUACAAGAGCACCAGGCCAGAUGGGACUGUCAGUGACUUUGCCGAUAACCUCAAGAAGAUCAAGGGAUUUGGCAGCAAGAACAAAUCUUCCGAGGCGGAACUCCUCUUCCAGUUCUUCCGAUUCUACGCGCACGAGUUCGACUACGACAAGCACGUCCUUUCUGUGCGGCAGGGCAAGUUGAUCACCAAGGCAGAGAAGAAGUGGCACUAUGCAUUGAAUAACCAGCUUUGCGUCGAGGAGCCGUUCAACACGUCUCGCAAUCUUGGCAACACGGCAGACGAAUACUCGUUUCGCGGUCUUCAUCUGGAGCUCCGAAGGGCGUUUGAUCUCAUCUCCGAGGCCAAGCUCGAAGAAGCCUGUGAGCAGUACGUGUAUCCGAAGGAGGAGGAGAGGGUCUGGUCCCGGCCGGCCUCGCAGCCUCGGCCCGUGCUGCUGCGCAGCUCCUCGCAGAGCAACUCCGGACGAGGCGGCCGCGGCGGCCACCGCGGCGGCCGGCAUAGUAACAAUUACCAUCGCAGCGGAGGCUCCAACAGGAGAGCCUCGUCGACUACGCCCGCCUAUGAUCCCAACAUGUUUGUCCAGCCCGUCACCAUGCCACAAGACAUGUCGUGGCUCGCCGCCGGCAACCAGUACCCCUUUCCGUUUGCUCAGCAGGACCUGAUGCAGAUGGCCUACCAGGAGACCAUGCGUCAGCAACUCAACCACUUCUACGCACAGGCACAGCAGUCGCCGGCAUACAUGUCCCAUCAGACCAUGGGCCAGCAGAGAAUGUCUCCCAACGCGGCGUCAUCGAACGGCCAGCAGACGGCUACCGAUCGGUCUCGGACGAAUUCGUUUGACACUGGGCCCAUUGGCACCACGUUACGGCCCGAUCUGUAUUCGCUCUACGGCAUGGGCAUCAAUCAGCAGUUCUACGCGCAGGCGGCGACUGGCUAUGGGACGUAUCCCUCCUCGCCGGUGACGUCCAACGGCAUGGGGCAAGACUUCCGCCGUCCUCUGCAGAGAUCCACCGUUGCGUCGGAUAACGGCAUCUCGGCAUCGGCAAGCUCGUUGAGGUCGCAGUCCCAGCCCCCUUCGCGAUCUCCAUCCGGAGCGCACAGCAGGGCGGCGUACACCUCUGGAGCUGGCCCGUCUAGUGCGCCGGGCUAUGCUCAUAGACAUGUGCAUGGCGUCGCCGUUCCCAGCUUCGUCUCCGACGAUGCGGAUCCCGACGAUCGAUCCAAGGCCGCUUCGGUCUCCCCGCCGUCCGAGGAGAGCAGAUCCACCGGGCUGCUGGGAGCGUCGCGGAGCCCGCGUCUGGGCCAGCCACCGCUGCUCCAAAGCCACAGCCCAACAGCAAACGGCGCUGCCUACGGAGAGGUCCUGAACCAGUCAUCUAGCCCCAGGCGGCGUCGGCUCUCCACGGAUCAGUUGCCCCAGACCAUCCUGGACAGGCGAAUGAGGAGGACGUCACGGUCGCCCUCGCCCCUCGACCAUGGUCGGGCUGUCACCACCGGGACGAUUGCUUCGUCGCCCCUGGCUUCGGCUCCCUUCCCACCAGCUGGUGCGGCUCAGAACAAAAAUUCGAACCGACCCCUGGUCGUAAACGGAUCCGGGCUCAAGACCAGCAUGAUUGCUGCGUCAAGCCAGCCACCGAAAGACGCUCAGGCGCCCGAAGAAUGUGCCAUGGCAAAGAUUGACAACGCUCUGCACAUCAGCUCGGCACCGUCGAGCAAUGGCGCCGUUGCCGCGGAAGCGCCGGGCGGGCAGCCGUUGCCAUCGCUUGCACCGGCUCCUCCCAUGCCUUCGGCCUUGAUGGAUCGCCCGCCCGUGAUCGUGAACGGCUCGAAUGCCAAGCUGGCAAUUCCCUCUACCGAGGAUGCCUCGUUCAGGGACAGGGUCGCGAUGAUGGGUUCGUAUCAGGCAAAUCCAUACCCCAUACCGCACGAUGUCUUGCAAGCCAACGGAAUGGCGCAGCUUGCCGCCUCGAGCAAGCAACGCCUCAUUUCCAGACAGCCACAGAACGGAGUCAUUGCUCCAUUGGACCUUGCCAUAGCUGACCAUCGCAAACCCCUCGGUGUCGACAUGGCCCAUUUGUCGCCUGUUUACGAAGCCCAGGCGUCGUCCCCGACCGCCUUGCGCAAGCCAGACAUGUCGAACCCCAUUGCUGGCAAGGCUGCUCGUGAAAAAGCAGAUGCCAAGACAGCUCGCGAAGAGACGACGACCAAGCCGGUGACCAAGGCGGAAGAAAAGGCUCAGCCAGCUCAGGAUGCUCAGAAGUCGUCCAAGGCACAGAAGUCGGCCGGCCAGACUCAGCGGAACUCGGCGCAAGCAUCACGCGAGACUGGUGGCCAUGUCCGGAGCGCUAAGAGCGAGAAUGACAAUGGCUGGCAGCGGGCUGUCAAGGGGAAGAAGAAGGGAUCGAGCGGGCUUGCGCAGGCCUCGCACGCGGAGCAGCCGCCAAAGAGCGACUCUGAGCGAAAGGGAGGAUAA